AUGAAUGAUUCCUCUCUUCCGCCUGAAAUGGAGGCCCGGAUGGCGAAACUGGGAGAAAUGGCUGCAAACGACCUGAUCCAAGUUACAGUCGACUCCUACCGUGAACGAGGCUUGUUCACACCCGACAAACUGUACACCAUGACUGUAGAGGAGGCAAAUAGUGAAGACCGUGUCAGGUUCCUAAUGCACAUUUGGACGACUCUUCACGAGCGGUUACCCAAGGACGAGAGCGAACAUAUAAAAUACGAGUUCUCAACAAAAUACCUCUCCGCGCUAGCUGACAAAUGGAGAGACCCGGACGUGAGCCCAAUCACCGCGCAAGCUAUUUCAGUCUCAGUCGGCAGAGUUUUCGAAACAGAAGUAUUCACUGUCUGGCUACAGAGCAAGAGCGCUCGAGGACUAGUCGCACAACAAACCAAACUCAUGGUCAACUCGCCAAUAGGCGUUUCACGCCCCGAUGUCGGACAAAUGUCCCGAACGCUAGUCCUUCUACUGCUAGGGCAAGGUUGUGAUGACGUUGAUACUCAGUUGAAGAAGGAUGUCAUCUCUCGACUGCAGGACUGGGUGAAGGAAUUCGAAGACUUCCCUGCCGCGGAGAACUGUGCUUCAUGUCUUUGGUUGCUGACAGGGAGUAGCGAGCCUGAGCCGGACUUGAUUUCUGACGUCAAGGAAUGCCUCGCUCUUCGCAUAAACACGCAGGGAUGUUGGCAUUGCAACGUUGUGGGACAGCCUUUGUUCAAGUGCUCCAGAUGCAAAUAUGCUUUAUACUGCUGCCCAGAGCACCAGAAGAAGGGAUGGAAGUCGCAUAAACCAUGGUGCUACCCGAGCAACUUCUGA